AUGGUGUUAAUGGAUUACAUUGUACACCUUAAUUCCUUCCUUGUUGAUCACAAGAAGUCGGAGCCCAUGAUCGAUUGGUCCGACCUUCUUAAAAUUUUCCUGUUCGUGAACGAUGCAACGCCGGAGCACCAUGGCGAUCAGGAGACGGUGGUCAGUUGGUAUGAUCUUGGUGAACUGUUAGGUUGACUAUCGCACCUGGCCCGAUCUACGUAUGAUACCAUCUCGGCGCUAGCCAAAAAGUUAGAGUGGUAG